AUGCCACUGGUCAUCUGGGGCGAAGUCACGUACGGCGAGCGAACGUUCCACACAAUGAUCGAAGCUCGCUGGGUGGUGGUCAAAAGCCUUCUGGCCGCCAUCUUCAAACACUAUUUCAUCAGUGCCAUCGGGCUGUCCAUCUUUUACUCUCUGCUCUCUCUUCAUGUCGAAUAUACCUACAAUAGCCACACGAUAUUU